AUGAUUACAGUAGCCCCAGUGGACCGUUUAAAUAACGGCAAAGGCUGGCUUUCAGAAGUCAAUUCUUCAUUUAAUCCUGACAUUGAAGAUUCACUUAUUUGUGCUAUCAGAGAUGCUGUAGCUGAGUGGAAAGAACAAUCUUUGAGAGGCUCAUAUGCUCCUCUUGAUUCGUCUUCUGUUGCGGCACGGAAUCUUAUAACAUUCUUUGAUUUCUCUUUAUCAUACGGGUUUAUUGGUGGCUAUCGGUUGUAUUGGAUGUUUGUGAAGGAAUUUAUGUCUCGGAGCGAAACGAAGUAUCUGAAACGAGAGUGGUGUGUUACUUCGACGCGACAGUUAUCAGUUGCAUGGCUUAAAGACUCUCUUAAUAAGCAAACGUUAUUGUACUAUUUUCAGUCUUUUCAACAAAAUAUGGAGAUAGUUUUGAAAUUUUAUCAUAAGGAGGCUUUGAUGGCAAGUCAGCCUACUCUCUCACGUAUUGCCUGGAAAAUGAUGGACUUUUCUGUUGUACAGUUCAAAUUUUUGAAACCUUUCGAAAAGAAUAAUGAUGUUCCCAUCGCACAAAUGCGGUGCUCAUCUGGCAAUCAGCGACCGUCUGCUUCGAACGAUCAUGUAGUCGUUCCAUAUAAAUCAAAACGUGAAAAUUUAGCAGUGUUGCAUGAAAAACCUCAACCAGAACUCUCAACGAAUCUUCAUGAUUUUUCUUCUGCGUUGCUUGAUGUCCCUAUACCUGCAGAUCUUGUUGAAAUUUACUCCGUACCUCAUAACGACAACAUUGCUGUUUUAGAAAAUGAUCCCGAUCAAAUUUUUGGACAACUUAUAGAACGUGAGAGAAGUGAAUCAUUACAAGCAGAUCGUGAUGGUUUAGAAAGUAAAGAUCUUACAAAUGUGGGCAGCAAGGAUGUAAAUUCGUUUGAUACCAAUCAGGGAGAUUCUGAUGUCACCACUACUGCAAUUCCAGUGGAUCCUUUCGAUAUUGCUUUAAAAAAUAGUUUAUCAAGAGCAAAAGUAUCUUUGAAAGACAUUAAACGAAAUUAUUGCGAAAAAGGAGCAUCACCAAUGCCCACAUUAGCUGAUCUUCCAUGCGGAGAAAUAAGGUUAGAUAUGGGUGAAGUGAUUGAUCUUACUAUUAAUGUUUUCAAGCACGACGCUGAAAGAUUUAUGCGUUUUUUCCAGGUGUACUCAAGUUUCGGCACUGGAGAAAUUGGGAAGAGAUUGCUUGUUCUUUCAAACCAAGCACUGUAUCUAUUGUCAGUCGAAAGCAACUCUUCAUCUGGAAAAUUUUAUGUUACGCGCGCUUAUCUUCCGCUUCGAUAUAUUGACAGUAUCAAUGUGGGCCCCGAUUCACAAGUUUUGUAUUUUCACGCUGAGAAACAUCACGAUGUUUAUAAAGAUGAACCAAAUUUUUUGUCAGUUAUGGCAGUAUGGUCGGCAUGUGAACAGCUCGGUAUUGCUGUUUUGGAUGCUGUUGAGUAUGCACAUGAGAACUAUGUAACAAGUUUUGAACCAGAAAAGCAUAAGCUUAAUAUAUACCGGGACUGCACUCCUCAGCAUUACGUUCUUAGCCGUUUUAUAUCCAAUGAGUUUCACAAGGAUGCACCAGUACUUCUGGGUUACUUUCUUGUUCAGUGGAGACAAGCAGAUUUGUAUAGCCCAAGCACGGGAACUGGACAGCAUAGUGGCUUUUUGUAUCAUAAAGAAAUUCGUUCUAGUGUUGCAUGGUUACUUGGUCCGAAUUAUUUUGAACAAAGCUACUUCCAUUUGCAAAAUAAGAAGCUUUAUCAGUUUUCUGACUCUAGCUGCAAAUUUGGCGAACGCAUUAUAUCUCUUAGUCUUAAAAAUAUUUCCUUACGAACGAUGUUUCUUAGAGACGUGACUUCGCUGAAAAGUGAUGAUCAUUCACCAUAUAUGUUCGAGAUCAUUCUAAAGAGUAGCAAAAUUCAAUUCAUUAGCCAAAGCGCUGCUGAUAUGCGUAAAUGGGUAUCUAUGAUAAAUGCGGCCAUGACAUCCUCGGAUAUGAACGACGAGCUAGUAACUUGCGCUGCUUGUCUCUGUGAGAAUGGUAUAUUACUGGUCCAAGAAGGUUUGAAUUGUGCGAUUGAUGGAUUUAUGCGACUAUUGGCGCGUAUUGACUUGGCAUCCGUGUCUCAGGCUACAGGAGUCUUUACUGCUGAGCGCUCGGCAUGUGUAAUUAACAGUCAGGAAAAAUUAGAAUGGUUAUUUAUGAGAUCUUCGCAUGAAGUCGACCGAUUACUAGGGCAACUGAACCAGCUAGGAGUGAAACAAAUCAAGACUGAAGAAGAUGGUUCUUCUCGACUGUCCGCGAUCUUGAAUUCGAUGUUAGGUACUAAUGAUGCCUUCCAUUUUAAUGACAUGAUAUCAGAUGGAGCUUUUGAUGCAUCUGUUGAAAGCUGA